GGGGUGGGGGGUGAGGCUGGUCCUGUAUAUCAGGGGAUGCUGCGGGCGAGGACGCGCAUUGUGGGGGAGGAACGCGCACGUUGAUGCUGUUUGCUCUAAUGCGGCGUCUGAGAGUCAGAGACGAGCAAAGGGGGUAGAGAGGGGGGAGAGAGGGGGGAGAGAGGGAGGAGAGAGAGACAACAGCCUCUGGAGGAGAGCAGGAAAUCGUGGAGAGAGAGAAAGAGAGAGAGAAGAGGAGAGAGAAGAGGAGACAUCAGGGACUCACAUCUCCAGGGUGGCUGACCCCAGGAGCCAGCGUGUCGGAGAGGAACAAGGCAGAGCCGGGCACGGGACUGUAGGACAUCUGUUGCUCUCUGCUUCUUCCCAGUUCAGGUGAUUGUGCGAGGAGGAGACCCGGGGCUCAGCUGGUGGUAGACUUGGCUUCCCAGUCGGGGCAGGAGCAGCGACCAGACUGACAAUGCUGCCGAGGGGAGGGGGCCUGCGGCUGGCCAGGCUGGGUUUCCUGGUGUGUCUGUGCCACCUGCUCUCAGCGAUUGAAGUCCCCCUCGACCUGGCCCAGCCACCCACCAUCACCAAACAGGCCCCCAAGGACUAUAUUGUGGAUCCACGAGACAAUGUGGUCAUCGACUGCGAGGGCAAAGGGAACCCGAGACCCACCUAUUCCUGGACCCGCAACGGGAAGUUCUUCAACGUUGCCAAAGACCCCAGAGUGUCCAUGCGAUCCCGGUCAGGGACGCUGGUCAUCGACUUCCAUUACAGCGGCCGGGCGGAGGACUACGAGGGGGAGUACCAGUGCUCAGCCAGGAACGAGCACGGCACCGCCCUCUCCCACAAAAUACUCCUCCGCGUCUCCAAGGCUCCGCUGUGGAGGAAGGAGAACCUGGAGCCGGUGCUGGUCCAGGAGGGAACCUCGGUCAUACUUCGCUGUCAACCACCACCAGGACUCCCCAUCCCAGUCAUCUUCUGGAUGGACAGCUUGAUGCAGCCAAUCCCCCAGCACCGGCGAGUGUCACAGGGGCUGAACGGGGACCUGUAUUUCUCUAACGUGGUUCGUGCAGACGCCCAAUUUGACUACAUCUGCAACGCUCGCUUCCUCUUCACCCACACCAUCCAGCAGAAAAACCCCAUCACCCUCAAAGUCCUGACUACUCGGCCGGUCACAGAGCUGACCCCCAGGUUCAUGUCGCCGACCGGGACGUCCAGCAACAUAAUCAUCCUGCGCGGGGAGGACCUGUUACUGGAGUGUAUCGCGUCUGGAGUGCCCACGCCGUACAUCAUGUGGCACAAGAAGGGAGGCGAGCUUCCCAGGGACAAGAUCCGACUGGAAAACUUCAACAAGACACUGCGCAUCGUGGACGUGUCGGAGGAGAAUUCCGGAGAGUACUUCUGCCUGGCGUCCAACAAGAUGGGGAGCAUGAGGCACACCAUCACCGUCAGGGUGAAAGCUGCUCCCUAUUGGCUGGAUCAGCCGGAGAACCUGGUGUUGUCUCCCGGGGAGUAUGGGAGCCUGGUUUGCCGAGCGAAUGGAAACCCCAAACCCAACAUCCAGUGGCUGGUGAACGGGGAGCUAAUAGAGAAGGCUCCUCCGAACCCGAGCCGGGAAAUCUCCGAUGACACCAUCAUCUUUCGGGACGCCCAGAUCGGCAGCAGCGCCGUGUACCAGUGCAACGCCUCCAACGAGCACGGAUACCUCCUGGCCAACGCCUUUGUCAGCAUCCUCGAUGUUGCUCCCAGAAUGUUGUCACGGAGAAACCAAAUAGUCAAAGUGAUUGAAAACAGCCGAGCGAGACUGGACUGUGCUUACUUUGGCUCCCCGAUCCCCAACCUGCGAUGGUUUAAGAAUGAACAGGGCAACAACCUGUACGGAGGCAAGUACCUGAUCCACGACAACGGGACGCUGGAGCUACGGAGAGCUCGCAAAGACGACGAGGGAACAUAUACCUGCGUGGCCACCAACGUGCUGGGACACGCUCAGAACCAGGUGCGGCUGGAAGUCAAAGAUCACACGAGGAUCUUGAAAGCUCCGGAGUCUAUCGUGGUGAAGAAGUCCCGCACGGCGCGGUUCGACUGCCGUAUCCGGCACGACCCCACCCUGAAGCUGACGGUCACCUGGCUAAAAGACGACAAAGUCCUGUCCUUGCCCUGGAGGAUGAAGAAGGAUGAGGACUCAUUAACUAUCGUGAACGUGUCAGACCGAGACCAGGGCACAUACACCUGUGUGGCCAGCACCGAGCUGGACAGCGACUCCGCCAGAGCCUACCUCACCGUGCAAAUCGUUGCUUCCCAAACCCCUUCGCUUGCUGCUGUAAUGAAAGAUCGGCCCUCACCUCCCCGAGACCUGGAGCUGACAGACCCCACAGACCGGACCGUGCAGUUAACAUGGAUCCCGGGAGAUGACAACAACAGCCCCAUCACAGAGUUCAUCGUGCAGUUCGAGGAGGACCGGGUUCAGCCCAGGAAGUGGCACAAUCUGACCACCUUCCCGAGCACCAUCAACUCGGCCGUUUUGGACCUUUCUCCAUACGUUAACUACCAGUUUCGAGUCAUUGCCAUCAAUGAAGUGGGAGCCAGUGAGCCAAGCUCACCUUCCGAGAGAUACCAGACAACAGGAGAAGCUCCUCUGUCCAAUCCGACCAACGUCAGAGGCAUUGGAGCAUCAAAAAACAGCAUGGACAUCAGGUGGACGCCUCUAAACGCCACGCAGGUCAAUGGGCCGGGCCUGAAGUACGUGGUCAGCUGGAAGUUGGCCGAGACUGACGACGAAUGGAGCACGGCCACGGUGACCAAGGCCAACUACGUGGUGUCUCCAGCGCCCGUCUUCACCCCCUUCGAGAUCUCGGUGCAAGCCAUCAACGACUUCGGGGCCGGGCCGGAACCCGACAUCGAGAUCGGAUACUCGGGGGAAGACUAUCCCAAGGCGGCUCCCAUCCUCACCUCCAGGAGGAACGUCAAUAGCACGGCCGUCCUGCUCCAGUGGAGGCCGGUGGCUCAGGAAGACCUUCAGGGACACGUCAAAGGCUACAAAGUUCAGUAUUGGAACGAGGGCAGUUUGCUCAGCCCGACCAGACAGAGAUCACGCACCAGGAUGGUAGAGUUCCCUGGUGAAUACACGCGGGGUUUGUUGUCGGGGCUGACGCCCUACUCCAUGUACAAGAUGCAGAUCGCGGUGGUCAAUGGCAAAGGUAGAAGUAAAUGGAGCACAGAGUUUGCGCUGAACACCACCGAAGGAGUCCCUGAGAAGCCAAAUUCCCUGAGGAUCAGGCAGCCAGACUUGGAUUCCAUUAUUUUGGAAUGGACACGUCCGUACAAUCCCAACGGGAUCAUCACCGGCUACACGCUCAUGUUUCACCCUCUGAACGGCUCCUAUUCCAACCGUAACGUGACAUAUAGCAGGCUCUCGGCCGGUCAGACCACCUACACCGUAGAGAGGGUUGACUCCAACACCAGGUACAGGUUCUACCUCUUUGCUAGGACCAGGCAAGGACUGGGAGAUGCGAUCGUGCUGAAUUCACCCGGCUUCGCCAACGAAGUCACCCCCACCAUUGAGGUUGCCAAAACAGAAGGAGUUCUCUCGAGGUUUAUACCCACAGUCCAAGCUACAACCGUCGUUACCACCGUUGCCACGACGACCACGACCACAGUCAGCACCGGCGCUCCCCCAACUCCACUCACCACAGAAUCUGCUCUGCCAGCAGUCACCCCUACUUAUGUAUCUGAAACCACCAACAGGAUACUCAACGUCUCUGCUUCAACGGCCAGUAUCUCCGCUAACAUCACGUGGACUCACACCUUCCCGAGAGAUACCGAGUUUGUGGUUGAAUUCACUCACAGUAACGGUACCGUCAAACAAGAGCGUACCAAGGCCAACCAGAACGCUGUUCAGCUCAUGGGUCUCGCUCCCGGGACCCAGUACAGUGUGAGAGUGUACGCAGUCCCGCUCCCAUCCGUUACCGGCAAGAACGUUACCUUUCAGACCGAUCCAGCCUUCACUAACCGGCAUGGGGACAUUGCCACGCAAGGCUGGUUCAUCGGGUUGAUGUGUGCGGUCGCUCUCCUCGUCCUCAUACUACUGAUCGUCUGCUUCAUCAAGAGGAGCCGAGGUGGUAAAUACCCAGUCAAGAAGAAGGAGCACCCUGGAGACGAGACUCACGCACCGCAGGACGACAACGGAUCCAUGGGUUAUCUGUCUUUGGAAAGCGACAACGACGACAGCAAAAAGCCUCAGGGCAGCCAGUCGUCCGUGGACGGGACGGUGAAGCAGGAGGAGAGCGACGACAGCCUGAUCGUGUACGGUGACGGCGACGGGAACUCACGCUUCGGGGAAGACGGUUCCUUCAUCGGUCAGUACACCGUCAGAAAAGACAAGGAGGAGACGGAGGGCAACGACAGCUCGGAAGCCACCUCGCCGGUCAACCCUGCCUACACCCUGGCGUAAAUGUGAUAGCCGGCGGGAAAGGGGGGGAAUGGGGGCGAAAGAGAGAGAGAGAGAGUGAGAGAAAGAGAGAGAGUGAAAUAUGAGCCUGGAGCGAAUGAGAUGUGGUGCUACCUACGCAAACCGUAAAUAUAUUGAUAUUCUACCGAUAACUUCAUCGGGCAGGGAAACCGCUAACGUUUAAUUGUUACACUUGACCGAGCAGUGAAAGGGACAAGAGCUCUUGUGUCUGUCUGUGUGUGUGUGUGCGUGUGUGCGUGCGCGUGUACGGGGUGGGGGUAUAGUGUUGAAGGCGGGGUUGGGGGGGAAGCAGAGGUGUCGUAGAAUGCAGAGUGGUUUGGCAGGACGAGGCAGGGACGGGAGAGGAAAUAUAGCUCUUUGACAUAAAGGAGUUGUGGGCAGCUCAGAGUUUACGUUAGCACAAGACUCCAGGAUCAGCCAAAGCUGGGAAUUUACUUAUUUGUGUUUGAUUGGAAACGUGAAGAAACUGCGGUUGCAACUCUCAUCCGCUCGCCAACACCCACCCCACCUCCCCCCU